GGCAUGCGCACAUUAGUCUAUCAACAAUUUUUGUUUGUGUGUGUCAAUUAGGGUUAGAAUAAAUUCUCUACAAUUAUGGUUUUUUAUGAAUUAUGAUAAUGGAAAGAAGAAUAAAACUGAAAACAUUAAACAGUCAUAUAACAUGUAAGAUAUGUAGAGGAUACCUAAUUGACGCCACCACAGUGACAGAAUGUCUUCAUACCUUUUGCAAGAGUUGUCUCGUAAAACAUUUAGAAGAAAACAAUACCUGUCCAACAUGCAAUAUUGUAAUCCAUCAAUCACAUCCUCUACAAUACAUAAGUUUCGAUAGAACCAUGCAAGACAUUGUGUAUAAAUUAGUACCAGAGCUGCAAAAAAAUGAGAUAACACGGGAGAGAGAAUUUUACCACCAAAGAGGUUUACCUUGUCCGAAAGACAUUCCUCCAAAUCCCAGCGAUUUAGAGGAAGAAAAACCAUCAGCAGACGUGCACGCUGAAUCAGACUAUCACCGGCAAGAUGAACAAGUUAAUGUUUGUUUAGAAUGUAUUAGUUCAAAUUUAAAGACGCUGAAAAGACGAUUUAUUCGGUGUUCGGCGCAGGCUACGAUACUACAUUUGAAGAAAUUCGUCGCGAAAAAAGUUCUGAAUGGAAUGGAAAAGUACAGAGAUAUCGAUAUACUUUGCAAUGAUGAACUAUUAGGGAAAGAUCAUACUUUAAAAUUUGUUUAUGUAACACGAUGGAGAUUUCAGAAUCCCCCAUUGACUUUACAAUACCGACCGAGGAUUGACAUUUAAUUUGCAGGAAUACCACUCCUCCCCCCAUUUUAUAAUGUCCCUAAUAUCUGUUGCAAUAUUAAGUGAGUAGGUUGUGAUUUUUAUGUUUCAAAUAACAGCAACGCCAAGAUUUCAUAGUUUAUUACAGAAUUUUAUAAAAUAGUACAAAUUUUUAUAAACCUAUUUGUUAUUGUGACCUAGGUAAUUAUUUCCACUUUUUAGCAUUUUCCAGCAUUUAUUUAGAGUGAAUAGUACUUGUUUUUGAUUCUCUUUUGACAUAUUUUUAUAAAGCUGAGUUGUAAAAGAAAAUGGUAAAUAUCAAACGAUGUAAAUUUAGUUUAAGUUUUGGGAGAGCGUUUGGUACUAAUUUCCAGGAGAUUGUUUUCUUGUAUUUAUUACUGUGAUUUAGAACCGUCGUAAAGCCUUAUUUACUGGUGAGGUUUUAUGUAGAUAGAUUAGGUACUUAAAAGUAUCAGACGCUUUUAGAUAAUGUAAAAUAACAUGUCAAAAUCAUUCUGCAUUUUAAAUUAUUCUAGAAUAAUUUAUAGUACAUUGUAAAUUUUAAACUUCUGAUUUCCUCUUUUAUUUUAUUUUCUAUUUUAAUGACUUGUACUUCCUAUUCCAUCAGUAGACCUGAAUAUUUUACGGGGCCUGAAUAAGUUAAUUCAUUUUGUAUAUAAUAAUAGGGUCAUGGAUUAUUAUUUUAUCUCACAAUGUUAUUUUGCACCAUUUAAGCUUUAACUAAUUUUAUCUUAAAAAAUAGCCGUGAACACUUAUUUUACUUGCACUGACUUUGUGUUAAAUUGUUUUUAAUGUAUAGUGCUGUAUUUUGUGCAAAUGUGUAGUAUUGUAACUGUUUUUGUAAUUUUUUAAGUAUUAUCAAAAAGAAACUGACCAGCCGUUGUAUUUACAAAAUCAAAAAAACCUUAAAUUUUUUAUACAUUUUUGUAGUCAUAAAUAUGCCGGGGCCAACGCGGUUAGAGCAUUGCCAUGUGUAAAAAUCCCUCAAAUUUAUUAUAUUUUGUAUGAAUUUU